AUGGCCGCUGUCCUCUUCCAGCUCCACCACCUUAUUUUCUUAUUUGUUUUUUUCCUAUCUCAUCCAACUCCUUGUGUUUCCAUUGGAGAUGAUCAAGUCCUUCUUGAAUUUAAAGAAUUGUUAUUAAAUACCUCACUUCUUGAUUCUUCUUGGAAAAAAGGAACAAAUCCUUGUGAUAAUAAUAACAAAUGGUUUGGUGUACAAUGUGAUAAUAAAAAUGUUAUUCAAGCCCUACUUCUUGGUGGGGUUGGCCUUUCAGGGAAUCUUGAUGUUGAUGUACUAAUUAGCCUUCAAGGCCUUAGAGUUGUUAAUCUUGCAAACAACUCUUUCUCAGGAACAAUUCCUGAUUUUUUUAGGCUUGGUGCUCUCAAGUCUUUAUUCAUUAAUGGAAACCAGUUUUCCGGAGACAUCCCUGGAGAUUUCUUCUCCAAAAUGGGAUCUCUCAGGAAAAUAUGGUUUUCGCGGAACAAGUUUUCAGGGAAAAUCCCUGAUUCUUUAGCAGGUUUAAAAUAUCUUUUAGAACUCCAUUUGGAGAAUAAUGAAUUCACAGGACCUAUUCCAAUUUUGUCACAGGCUAAUCUAGCAACUAUAAACUUCUCAAACAAUAAAUUACAAGGUUUAAUUCCGCAAAGUUUGUCUAAGUUUGGUUCGAACCCCUUUCAAGGAAAUCCUGAUUUGUGUGGAAAUCAAAUAGGGAGGGAGUGUAAGGCUGUAGCCUCUGGUGAAAAGUCUGAAGGUUCUGGAAGUACAAAAUGGAUAAUUAUAGGCUUAGUGGUUGUUUUGCUAUUGGUGGCUAUAUUAUUUAAGUCAAAGCGUAAGGAUGAUCAAUUUGAAAAGCUUGAAAAAGAGAGCCUUGAUGAGGCUGUGAAGGUGCACCUUAACAAGAGAAGCAUGAGCACGCGCACCUCUAUGCGUUCAUCAAGGAAAGGACGCUCAAGAAGUGGCAGCGAUAUGGGUGAUCUAGUUGUGGUAAAUGAUGAAAAGGGUAUAUUUGGGAUGCCUGAUUUGAUGAAGGCAGCAGCUGAAGUCCUUGGUAAUGGAGGAUUGGGGUCAGCUUACAAGGCGGUAUUGGGGAAUGGAGUGUCCGUCGUGGUGAAGAGGUUGAGGGAAACCAAUAAAUUUAACAAGGAAAGUUUUGAUGCAGAGAUCAGACGACUCGCUAGGAUAAGGCACAGGAACAUAUUGCAACCAUUAGCAUACCAUUACAGGAAAGAGGAGAAGUUGGUGGUGUCUGAAUACAUUCCCAAAGGCAGCCUGUUAUACCUAUUACAUGGUGAUCGGGGGAUAGCACAUGCUCAGCUAAAUUGGACUAUUCGCGUUAAAAUCAUCCUGGGAGUUGCCAGUGGAAUGAAAUUUCUUCAUUCAGAGUUUGCAUCAUAUGAUGUACCUCAUGGGAACCUUAAGUCUAGCAACAUUCUUCUUUCUGCAAAUAAUGAACCACUUCUCACAGAUUAUGCGUUUUAUCCACUACUCAACGAUUCACAAGCUGUCCAAUCUCUUUUUGCUUAUAAAUCCCCAGAAGCCAUACUAAACCAACAAGUCACUCCAAAAAGUGAUGUAUAUUGUCUUGGAAUCAUAAUACUUGAAAUCCUAACUGGGAAAUUCCCAUCACAAUAUCUCAGCAACCAAAAGUGUGGAACUGACGUUGCACAAUGGGCGUGGUCAGCAAUUGAAGAGAAUAGAGUAUCAGAAUUGAUUGCUCCAGAGAUAGAAACAGAAAAGGAUUCCCUUGAAAUGAUGGAGAAGUUCCUUCAUAUAGGAGCUGCAUGCACUGAGAGUGAUCAUGAUAAUAGAAUCGACAUGAAGGAAGCCAUAAGGAGGAUAGAAGAGAUAACAAAUUUAAUGUAG